AUGGACCAACAACAAGGAGGACCAUUACCAUUACAACAAGAAAUUAUGAGGGAGGAAAACUUGGGAAAGAGUUCCGAUUACACCUUCACUGCGAUUUACCCUUCGAUAUUGAACAAUGAGAAGCAUUGCGGCAACAGCAUGGCAUACGAACCUUUAAAAUUAUCUCCAUCUCGAACAAUGGCGAAAGUGGUAUCGAAAGAUAGGAAAAGAGCCAGCAUAAACAAACGAAAGCAACGGUGGAAUGGAUCUUUUACCAGGACAGCUCUAUUAUCAAUUCUCGCAAGCGCACCUUUCACGAUAGCAGAUUGUGUUUCUCUUUCAGGUUCUACGCAAUGUCCUGCUUUCACUUCAGCUUCAGUUGAUACCAACUUGACUGGCCUUUUCCCAUUUCUAUCCUAUGUUUCUGAUCGUGCUUCUUUCGAUACUCAAUUAAAUGCAUAUGUUCAGACAAGUUAUGUGCAGUCAAAUUUAUCAGAUACCCAAGCACCACCAGUUUGUGCAGAUUCUUGCGCCCAAUUUGCGGAGAGCGAAUCAAUAAUAAUUUCUGAUAGUCAGCUAUGUUCAAAACCAGGGAGCAACGCUGUUUCUCAAAUUCGUGCCGAUUUCACAAAUUGCGCGUUACCAUCAGAUUCAUUAACUGGUUCUUGUGUUGAAGGAUCCAUCAAUGAACCAAAUAAUUGUGGAUUUGGUAAUAGUACAUUUGGAUUGUGUCAAUAUUGUGGUACGAGUGGGCAAAACAGUACAGAUACUUGCUGUUAUAAUUCAGAAGCAGACACGCGUUGCGCUGGUGUAGUAUUACCUACGAUUACAGGAUUCAUAAUUUUCUCCACAAGUACUGCCUCGGGUUCGGGAAUAUCAACUCCAACUGCAACAUCCUCUGGAAUCGCUACCUCUAUAUCGAAUAAGGGACUAUCUGGAGGCGCUAUCGCUGGCAUCGUUGUUGGAUCAUUAUUUGGUCUUGCUGCACUCAUUGGUUUGAUAUUUUUCAUUGCGCUAUGUUUGCGUAGACGACGUGGAAGUCAGCAUGGAAGUAUUCUCAACCAACCGACUCCGGCCCGAAAUACUGGAAUGACUUACAAUCCCGUUAAUUCUAACACUACACCUGAAGGAUACGAAGUCCUACCUGGAGGACGGAUUGCUAGAAUGUCGGCACUCGAAGGCAAUUCUCACUCUGGACAUUCUUCAUCCCCACACGACAGAGGUACGACAAUUGGUGGGGCGGCAAUAGGAGGCGCGGCUGGUUAUGCCGCUGGACGAAGACAUGAACAUCAAUCUUCAUCGAGUGAUUUCGAAGAUAGUCCGACCUCAGGUAUGCAAGGUGGAAUCCUUCGACCACCUCCAAAUAGACGAACUGGGUCUCUUUCUAGUGGUUCGGCCCUAGGCCUUGACGAUCCUCAAACUCCUGGUAUGUCAUCACCACAAGGCAUGGCCAGUAAUCAAUCCGAGCAACUUCCAUUCUUCAAAGAUUACUAUUCACAAGAUGAGAUCCAUCCUGGCGACAAAGUUGCAACGUUAUGGGCCUAUCAACCACGAGCCGGAGAUGAAUUUAGCUUGGAACGUGGCGAUAUGCUCAAGAUCGUUGGUAUUUGGGAUGAUGGAUGGGCUACUGGAGUCAUGAUUAAUGAACGCGCCGAUGAAUGGGAUGAGAAGCGUAAGAUGCAACGCGACAGUGGCGUCUCGAAUACAUCUGGACGAAGAGAUGAAUCUCCAAACGUUAGUGGCGAGAUUAAAGCUUUCCCAUUAGUUUGUGUUUGUCUUCCAGAUCAUUGGAGAAGGACAAUCGAAGGUGAUGGUUCGACCGACUCUGGUGGUCCACCGGGUCUAUCAUGA